GUUACGCCGUCGCGUGAAUGACGUCAUCAAUAUUGGCGGCAUUUUGAAAAGGAAAUAUUUUUGUUGUGGCGUAAUUCAGUGAAUUCAACUUCGUUAAAUAUGGAUGAACUUACACAGGGAAAUCAAGCUCUACCUGGACUGUCAGAAGCUGCCCAGUUGGAACUAAUGAACCAAUGUGAGGAACAGUUUGCUCAUCUUGAAAAGCUUCAAAACAAAAUUAUCCAACAUGAGCCAGAGCAAUGUGAAAAUACUCAAGAGCAGUCAGUUAAUCGGCUAUUAGCAACAGAAGCGGAAAUGAAGCAGUGGCUCACGAUGGAACCGAGAUUGCUGGCAGAAAACUCUGAAGUGUUACUUAAAGCUGGAAAAGAAGAGAUGCUCAAGCUAUGCUCUGAACUUGAGAUGGUUCUCUCUUGCUACGAAGCAAAGCGAGACAAACUACGAGAAACUAAAGAGCUUGAAUUAAAGUGGUUGGAGGAAAAGAGGCAGGCGCUACAGGCUGUCACUGACCAUGCUAAGCGACUUCAAAAUCAAAGUGAGAAAUUAUCAGAGCACAGUGUUGUGCUUGAAACAAAGGAGAAGAUCAGCAGAAUGAAAGCCUACAACGAAAAGCUGAUGGAAUCUCUGGGGGACAUCCUAGAAAAACAUGUUCCUCCUCCUUGCGGUGAGAAGAAUAUUUCAAAUGUUCUAAAUGAAGACUUGAUUUCCCUUGGUGAUAUUCUGGAGCUGCUCAUGAACAAGGCCCUAAAGACGCCACAUGACCCUUAUGUGACAGUCGACUCCACUUUCUGGCCACCGUAUGUAGAGAUGCUACUCCGACAUGAUAUGGCUGUCAGACAUCAGGAGAAUAACUUCAAGAUUCGCCUGGAAACGUUUUUUUGAAGCGGUGCUGUAUUUGGCAUGAUACUAAAUGGACUUGUUUUUCCUUUUUAUACGUAUGCCAAAGUACCUUUGGUAGUACACCUGCAGUUUUUUGGGAUCCAAUGCAAGUGUCUCCUUUAAAAAAGAUACUGCAUACUAUUUUUGAUUGUGAUUUUGAGUUAAUGACACAGGUGAACAACAAAUCCUAAUCAGAAAUGGCUUUGUGUCCCUAAAUGUAUUAAUGGUGCUGAUUGAAAAAAUAUCUUAAAUUGUUUUUCUAGCACAGUAGGAUUUGGAGACAUGUUCAUUUUUGUUUUUAAGUUUGAUUUUAAAAACACGCACAAUAAGGAUUUUUCCAUGCAUUGUGGAUGAACUUUACCCUUAUGUCAUACAUAUUGAAUAUAUUACUGUUAUGUAUUAUUGUUGUUUUACUAUUAUUAUUAUUAUUUUAUUAUUAUAAAAAAUAUGACAAUAUGACAAUAUAAUUUACUGUGGAUUAA